AUGGCAGCUCGAAGCCGCGCCUCCAGACCCUCAAGCCUCUCUUCAACCCUGUCCCCUCACAAUCACUCCAGACUUCUCGCACUGCAUCAAGACACGCCCAAAGAACCUAUGCGUCCACAUCCACCCGUCCCAACGUCCCCGGGACAUAUAACAGCAGGAAUCGCAAUCGGCUGCGUCCUGGCCUUUGUGCCCUUCUACUACCUCUUCCACAGCACCAAGCCGGCCGCGUCGGGAAACGCCGCCAUCACCGAGGCGCGGAGGCAGGGUGAUCCGUCGACAGAGUAUCGCGACCCGAGGGAUAGUCCGGUCAAGACGCUGGAGCAGCAGAAGAAGGUGAAGGCUCAGGGAGGGGGGCAGGGGUGA